AUCGGCUGUAAAAGCCACACAACUUCACACCUAGAUCACAGCUCGCUCGCUUGCUUGCUCUCACACAUAACUAUAAAUACCCCAUUCACUUGAACAGAUGCAUUCAGACCAUCACCAGGACACAAGAACAGUCGGGUGUCGCGCAACAGGGUAAAAGGCAACUUCAACUUUUAAAAGAGAGGAAUACAAGUCCAACUUCAGCGAACACCUGCAACUAACAAGGACUAUGAUUGCGCAACACAUGAUGGCCUUUGUCUGGGGAGUAUGUUUGAUGACUUUGGGAUGGAUGACAUAUGCCGAGGCCAGCGUCCCGGAGAACCUGGACAAGAACAUUGAUGAGCUGAAAGCGUACUAUAUAAAAGAUGACCGUGAGAUACACAACGCACACCCUGUCUUCCUGCGGGUGCUGAAAGAUUUAAAGGUGAAUCUUGAGGAAAGUGAACAGAAUCUACUGAUGAGCAUCAUUAUGGACACAUACAGUAGGAUAUUCACUCGCAUGCAGAACGAGAGCCUGGAUGAAGCAACAAAAGACAGAUUGGCACAUGUUCAAGAGCAUCUAAAAAAAAUGCAAGAAAACUACUUCCCAGGCAAGAGUGCAGAGCUCAAGACAUAUGCAGAAACCUUAUGGGCGAUUAAGGAAAAUGACCCAAUCAUCCAGCGCAAAGCCUUGUUUGAGCUCAAGCGUGUCUACAGAGAAGCAACACAGAUGAGAAACCUGAAGAAUAAAGACCGCAGGAGACGACAGGCCAAAAGCAUCAGGAGGCAGAAGUCUUAGUAGAUCUUGAUCAUCAUUUAAAGAAUGGUGGAAAAUCAGUGUUAUUUAUUCUAUUUAUAAAGCUUAUAUUGUGCACACAUUGUGCGCAAGAGAUAAUUGUUCAAACUGACAGUAUUUAUUUGUUCUUAUUUAUUUGAAAGAAUCACUGUAAACCACUUGCUAGUUACAUAGCAAAAGUUGUAAGGUGUAUGACUAAAUAAAAUAUUUUUAAA